AUGUCCUCCGCAAACACCGGCAAGAAGACCCGCUCGGCUAUCUCCGACGUGGUGUCGCGCGAGUACACCAUCAACCUCCACAAGCGGUGCCACGGUGUCAGCUUCAAGAAGCGUGCUCCCCGUGCUAUCAAGGAGAUCCGUGCUUUCGCCGAGCAGGCCAUGGGCACCAAGGAUGUCCGUGUUGACCCCGCCCUGAACAAGAAGGUCUGGGAGGCUGGUAUCAAGGGUGUUCCCUUCCGUCUCCGUAUCCGCAUCUCCCGCAAGCGUAACGACGAGGAGGGUGCCAAGGAGCGUCUCUACUCCCACGUUCAGGCCGUCAACGUCAAGAGCGCCAAGGGUCUCCACACCGCUACCGUCGAUGACGCGUAA